AUGCGGUGUCACAUUAUUUUCAUAUUAUUUGCGAUAACCUUUGGGAGGUCUCUGUCCCAGCAUUGUGAUGUUCAUGAAUCUGAACACGAGUGCGGGGGAUACUGUUACGGAGCAGUGAAGCCGGUCCUGGAGUACCUCGCCAUCCUGCAAAAGCGAGUGGAGAGCUGUGAGGCCAAGCAGCCGGCAGAAACACUCUCAAAAAUCUCCUUAAUGGAGGAAAAAUUAGAGAAUUUGGGAGGACAAAUUCAAAAAUUGGAUUUCCAUAACGAAAAGUUAGAGACUUUGAUAAAGUCGUAA